CUGCGCAAGCCUAGUUGACUUGUGAAUCUGAGCCCAACUGGAAAACAUAACCACGCCCACAAUGCGAUCUCGGCAGAGAUGUUGCAAUAGCGCAGAUCAUCGCUGAUGUUUUUGACGAAGGCGCAGAAAAUCCGGAUACUCGCCAUCUUUUCGACGUCAGCAAUCACCACCGUUGUUAGUCUUGUCCAUGCAUAUUACGUCUUGUCCGAUGGAGGGCUAAGGGAGGCAGUGACUGCUAUGGUAGAGAUUUCUGUGACCUUGAUUGUCGCGAACUUAAGCGUGGUCGUGGCAUUCUCCUUGAGAAUGAGCGCAGAAGAUGUCACAUCCUCGCCAGCACCGUUGAAAUUUACGUCCAUCGUAACCUUUGGAUCACAGCCUAGGAGGCGCCGCUUGAGCGACUCUCUCGCCACGACUGUGAUAAACGUUGAAACCACCACGAUUAAGUUGGUCGAUCUCCCUGAAACUUGCCCCAGUGCGCUGAAAAGUGGCAACACCGACGAAGUUUAUUUAAACAGCGCAGAGGGAAAACAGACUGGUGAAUUGUGCAUCAACAAAACAAACCAAAACCGUGCAAAUCAUGUAGCAGGCCAGUAAUAGCCGGAACAAGGUACACAAUUACUACAUUCCCUACAAAUAACCGAGAGAGUUGUGAGCUAUGAUACAAGUCUGUGCAUGUGACUAGGUUUUAUCCAUACUCCUACAAGCCUUUAGCACUUUAGCAUUUAGGUCGAGCAAGGUUUCUGCUGACUGAGGCGGUUAUCCAAAUGUACUGUACCAACCCAAAACAAUUGUCCACAACAAAACGAAACGAAAAAUGCUGUUCAUGGUAAAUCACUUUCGUCCAUAUUCAAGAUAAACUUGGUAUAGAAACGAACGCCUUCAUUCAAGCUAUCUGCACGGAAAGCUGGUAUGAGGGACUGCAUG